AUGAACACAGGUACUUCCGGUUGUUACGGAAGUGGGACUUCGUCUUCUCCCAAGCUCCUCCCUCAGCGGCCGGGCACAGUGACAGAAUGGCCGAGCGGACGGCGCCGCUGCUGCUGCUAACCUUGGCAGUGGGACUCGCGGGGGGUUCCCAGGGCGACCGCGAGCCCGUGUACCGCGACUGCGUGCUCCGAUGCGAGGAACGGAACUGUUCGGGGGACGCACUGAAGCACUUCCGCUCCCGCCAGCCAAUCUACAUGAGCCUAGCUGGCUGGACUUGUCGGGACGACUGCAAGUAUGAGUGUAUGUGGUUCACUGUUGGCCUCUACCUUCAGGAGGGUCACAGAGUGCCUCAGUUCCAUGGCAAGUGGCCCUUCUCCCGGUUCCUGUUCAUCCAAGAGCCGGCUUCUGCCGUGGCCUCGCUCCUCAAUGGCCUGGCCAGCCUGGUGAUGCUCUGCCGCUAUCGCGCCUCUGUGCCAGCCUCUUCCCCCAUGUACCAUACCUGCAUGGCCUUCGCUUGGGUGUCUCUCAAUGCUUGGUUCUGGUCCACAGUCUUCCAUACCAGGGACACUGACCUCACAGAGAAGAUGGACUACUUCUGCGCUUCAGCUGUCAUCCUGCAUUCUGUUUACCUGUGCUGUGUCAGGACCGUGGGACUGCAGCACCCGUCUGUGGCCAGUGCCUUCGGUGCCCUGCUGCUGCUGCUGCUGACGGGACACAUCUCCUACCUGAGCCUUGUCCGUUUCGACUACGGCUACAACAUGAUGGCCAACGUGGCUAUCGGUCUGGUGAACCUGGCAUGGUGGCUGGUCUGGUGCCUACGGAACCGCCGGCAGCUCCCUCACACCCGCAGGUGUAUGGUGGUGGUGCUGCUGCUGCAGGGGCUGUCCCUGCUGGAACUGCUUGACUUCCCGCCCCUCUUCUGGGUCCUGGACGCCCACGCCAUCUGGCACAUCAGCACCAUCCCCGUCCACGCCCUCUUUUUCAGGUUUCUGGAAGAUGACAGCUUGUACCUACUGAAGGAAUCUGGGGCCAUGUUCAAACUGGACUAAAGAGGCUGGGAGAGGGUGGAUCUGUCCGCCUCGUCCCUGAGGCAUCUCCCUUCCCCUCCCCCCGCCCCCGAGAUGAUUGUUUUUAGCUUCUUGAACUUGACCGUGUGGGGUUUGGACCUGAAAUCCUGUAGCUGCCUGGCCCUUGCUGGCCCUCACAUGGAACCUGUCUUGGGAGCGGCCUCCUCACAUCUGGGGCAGGGGCUAGGCAGCUCUGUCGGGUGGCUGGGGCUGAACUGAGACCAAGUUUAGAGGUGAACAGAGAGGAGGACUGUGUCUAAAUCCUCAACCACUCCCUUUCCACAUCACCCACCUCUAUAGUGCCACCCCACAUACCUCCACUUAGCCCCCCAAACCACACCACCCUCAGGCCUUUGGGGUUCGUUGGGAUCUCUUUUUGUCAGGGCACCACUAGGUGGCGCUGGAUACUUGCUCCUCAGCUGCCCAGGUUUCUCUCUGGCUCUGAUGAACCAGGCUCCUGGGGUAGGAGGGGUUUCUACCCUGCCUCCCGCGCCACCCAACCAGCAGGUCUUCAGGGCCAGGACCCCAGAAAGCUCAGGAUCAGAACCCAGUCUGCUGUUCUGGCUGGGGGUGCACACAUCGACACAUAGAGGGAUAUGGGCCAAGCCAGGGGCAGAGAUGACCACAUGGUCAGUGAGCUGGGGCACUGUGGGUCUUUCUUCACUUAGAGUGUACAGCGUGGGUGUGUAUUCAGGGGACAGGGGGCUGAAGGUGGUUUGGGGAAGGUAUGUGUAAGAGAUGAACAUGCACGGGAUAUGCUAAUAGGAGGCAGAAGCAGAACGGGGAAAUCACGUCAUCAGCAGUAACUGGAGCUCCAAGGCCAUAUGCACAUGACCUGAUAGACUUUGGGAUGCUGGGUGUGAGUGUGGGUGCCCAUCCAGUGCCCCUUUGCACUCCACUUAAAUCACAUACCUCCCCCGAUGUCUUGAGAGCACCCUGCAAAUCUAGCCCCUGGAUCUUUAUCUUGGGAUGGUGGACCUCCCACUCAGUUCCCUUUGUCAGAGCUGGACUCUCCCCAGCCAAUCCCAAGGCAAGCAGGUCCCAUCCAGCCCGUAUCCUGAACCAACCCAUCAGGAAGGCUGUCUGAAGUUGAGCCCUGCCUCUGUCCUCUGACCCCUCUUUGCGGGGGAGAAUAGCUGUGCCAAGGCUCCAGCUCAGGUACUUAGGCAGCCUAUUAGGGUUUUGGUUUUGUUUUGCUUUUUUGUACUAAGAACAAUUUUAAGGCCGGAGGCAGGAAAGGGCAUGCUUAAUAAAGCAAUUCCUGGCCUCACUCA